UUGCAGGAGGAGGCCUAGGGUUAGCUUACAUCCCAGCCACUGUAAUAAUCAAUGACUAUUUCGAGACAAAAAAGACUCUUGCUUUUGGAAUAGCAACAUCUGGACUUGGCAUAGGCUCAUUCCUAUAUCCUCUACUGAUUGAAGCCCUAAAUGAGGAAUAUGGAUGGCGUGGAGCUAUGCUAAUUUUGUCAGGAAUUGGAUUAAAUAUAUGUGUAUACGGAGUGCUAAUGUGUCCAUUUAGAACUCAUGAACUGUUGACAAAGUCUGACAAUAAUGAAAAAGUUUUUAAUUUUGGAAUAAUGAAAUCAAAGAACUUUUUAAUAUUAUGUUUCAAUUAUCUAGUGUUUCAUUUUGGUAUUGUUAUAGUCUUUACUCAUUUAUCAGAAUACUCCCUUUUGAUGGGCAUUGGAGGAAGUGAAAGUUCAAUGUUGUUUUCUGUAUUUGGUAUCUCUAAUAUUGUUGGACUACUUUUGUUUGGAGUCAUAGCACAUCAUCCAAAAGCUGAUGCCAUGCUGCUCUUCAUUGGUGGACUUUUCAUUUGUGGUGUAGCAACUGUGUUUCUACCUUUACUUACACAAUAUGGAGCUUUACUUGCCUAUUCUGGAUUAAUUGGGAUUUUUAGUGCAACAAUGGGAGUACUUUCACCAGGAAUUAUAUGCCAGAUUUUAGGGCCUAAUGAGCUAUCAAAUGGUUAUGGUGUUACAUUGCCAUGUGCUGCAUUUGGGUUUUUAUUAGGUGGACCUGUAGCUGGUUUCAUGUAUGAUACACUUCAUUCAUACAAUGCCUCAUUCUUUCUCGGAGGUGGGGCAAUGAUUAUAAGUGCACUUUGUAUGGUUGUGCCAUUUUUAAGGAAAAAACAAAAUUGGUCAAAAAAUGACUUGGAAGGUGUAUCUUAUAAUUUGCAACCUCUCCUGGAUGAAAAAUUGAAAAAUGUGUCUAAGUAGACAACAGCAACGCCAAAGCGUAGCCAUUGAACAGCCAUGGCUGGCAUUUUUACAAACAAAGUAUAUAGCAAAAAUGACUUGGAAGGUGUAUCUUAUAAUUUGCAACCUCUCCUGGAUGAAAAAUUGAAAAAUGUGUCUAAUAACAAUUAUGUUGGUAACAUCACAAAGUGAAGAAAAAUAUGAAAGAAGUAUUUAAAUAUAUUUUGUGAAUAAUUGUGUCACAUCCAGUAAUGUAAUUAUCUAUAUCCCACUGAAAUUCCUUACUUUAGAUGAUAAAUUAGGUCAACGUCAACAUGAACAACCAUGCUUUCUUAAAAACUAAAGUUUUAUAUCAUUUAUAGAAGCAUGUGUCUCACUAUGUGUAUUGCCAUAUAGUUCAAUUUUAAUGUGAACUCACAUUUAGAUUAUUAUUCAAAUACACUUGAAUUUAGAAUAGCAACAUCUGGACUUGGCGUUGGCUCAUUUCUAUAUCCUCUACUGAUUGAAGCCCUAAAUGAGGAAUAUGGAUGGCGUGGAGCUAUGCUCAUGUUGUCAGGAAUUUGUAUAAAAUAUAUGUGUAUGUGGUGUGCUAAUACGCCAUUUAGAACUAAUGAACCAGUUAUGGAGUCUAACAAAAAGGAGACAGUUUUUAAUUUUGGAAUAAUGAAUUAUGAUGAAUUUUUUAAUAUCAUGUUUCAAUUAUCUAGUGUAUCAUUUUGGUAUUGUUAUUUGGUAUUUUUUACUCAUUUAUCAGAAUAUUCUCUUUUGAUGGGUAUUGAAGGAAAUGAAAGUUCAAUGUUGUUUUCUGUAUUUGGUAUCACUUAUAUUGUUGGACUAUUACUUUUGUUUUUUCUGGGGGUGGUGCAAUUAUUACAAGCUCACUUUGUAAAAGUUUUGCCUUUAUUACGAAAUUAACAAAAUCAUAUGAAACAUCAUGACCUGGAGGUUGCGAAUGACACCCUGCAACCUUUUACGGAUGAAAAUUUAAAAACUAUGUUUAAUAACAAUUUUGAUGGUAACAUUACGAAAUGUACAAGUAAAUGAAGUAAAAUAUAUUUUGUGAAUCAUAUAUUAAUAGAAUUAUUUUAUCACUAUACCUUAACAAAACUUUAUUCAUUUUAAUGAUAAUUGGGGUUAAACUUCAAUUAUUUACUUUAAAAUUGCAAUCAAAGCAUAAUUGACUUGUAUCCGCUCCCUCAUAAACUUAAUACUGUCAUCAAUUGAAAUAUUUACUUGUCCUUUAGGACCAUAAUCUGAAAAUAUAAAUUUCAUACCCAAUGAUGGAGAACUGGGAAUGUGGGCAGAUGUUGGGGUUUGUCCUCCUGGAGUGGCAUUUCCUCCUGGUUGCUUAGCAACAGCAUCCUCCUGUUGCUACAACACAACAGGUUUUAACAAUUAAUAAUUGAAUAAAGAUUUGUUAUCACAAAAAUAC